AUGUCUGAAACAUUGGCAACAAGUAUUCCUCAAGACGCCGUCGUCGCUGCCCAUGGCGAUAGAAUUCCAGCAGGAUUCUCAUCUACGCAUUCGUUGAAUUUAAUAUGUGAUGAGGAACUCAAAGGAAUCCAUUUACAUCAGCGGUCGUUUUCUGCCGAGGAUACAUCGUGCAACAAGGAAAAUCAUUUUGCCAGCGCCCCCAUUCAAAACGGACUCUCCUUCAAAGGAUUCCAAGAUCACGAUUCUGGCAAUAUAAGUGGCAAUGCUGAAUUUCCGAAUGACGGCUCUGGUGAGAUGAAUAGCUGUGAGAAAGCUGAUCUCUCAGAACGAACAAUUGUCGAGGAUGACCGGACACUGGCGUACGACAUUGGUUCUAUUCAAGAAGAGGAAAUACGCCGAAUUGAAGAAGCUGUAAGCAGUUUGACUGAUGGCUUGGAAUUACCGCGCGCACAUGCUGACACACACGGUUCUUCUGUGGACGGCGAUUGUAAGUCAUUUUGUGGACCGGUCGAGGUUGGCAUCUAUAAGCAUUUCCAAGUGGAGCCUCAAACAGUAGUGGAUGAGUGA